AUGGAAGUUUUGACCGGUUUCAGACUCCGAUUCCGGCCACUUCCGUCAACUUUUUGGGGUAGGUCCAAGAACAAAAGUUGCUCCAUUGCAUGUGAUUCACCUAACCUGGAAGUCUUGGCCUGCGGUUUGGAGUUUUUCCGGCCGCCAAAAUUCUCUUUGGGCACCCAUGCGCUGCUGGCGCGUUGGGUGGUGCGUGGGAACAAUGACGUGUAUCCUAAACCUUGUGGAACCCUUAGGAACUUUCAGUUUGUCUUGUUCCUCGUGCACGCACUAGAAACCCGGUACUCCGACCACGCAUACGCAGCAAGAGGGACCCUCUCAGGGUCAAGCAGUGUGGGACUACUUACCCUUGACGGGGUAGUCUGCGCACGUAGGACUGGUCACAGACGUACGAGCUUUGAGUGUCUCGGCUGUACAUGCUGGCUGAGAGUUAGUCCCCUAGUUGGACGGCUCGUUCCUUAG